AUGCUUGCAACAAACAAACCGGUAGCUGAUGUCGACUCCGGCCGCAAACUUGGGAGACUUCAUUCGAGUAUUGAUGGCAGUGCAGACUGUGAUCCUGACAGGUGGAGUCACCGGCGGCAUUGUCGAAGCUGCAAACGCUGUUGCAGACGUGGUACGAGGCUACCAACGGGAAGACCAACACGGACAAGACGCUGGUGUUACCACUCGGACCGAACUGGCUUCGGGACGAGACUGCGCAGGCGCUGCCAACGGUGCAGGAGGGGGAGAGCUUCAAGUGGUGCAGCUAUGCCUUCUUUUGCCACGGUGACUCGAAACUGUUUUGGACCCAUGUUCUUGACAGGAUCAAGGCCAAGACCCGCGCCGCUCGAGACCGGACACUUUCGCCGAGUGGGAAGGUUUUCUAUGCCAACGCUCACAUCAUCUCGACGGUCCUCCACGUACUGUCCUUCGACAUACCGCCUCAAUGGUUCAUUAAGGCGGCGGAGACGGCACUUACGGACUUUGUCUGGGGAGGAGCAGGGCGAAAUACCGUCACUCGCGAUUUCGUGUUCCAGGCUCGGGAGGACGGUGGCUUGGGUUUGAUUUCGAUUGGCGACAUCGUUCAUUCGGUGACGCUUCGAUUUUGGGAUGCUGUGGCGGGCUCGGACGAGGCGAUCUGGGCGCCCCUAGCUCGCGAGAGCUGGAGGUGCCUCGUCGCUGCGACCCGCGAUUUCAGUCCGUGGGGGUUCUUCAGCAGCACGGCUCGGGUCGAGAAGCUGUAUCGCGACUCGACGCGCUGGGGGGCAGUCGUUGCAGCGGCCAGGGUCACAGUUCCAACCAUCAAGUCCGAACUCCUUACACUUCCCGAAUUGCUCUCGCUUCCGCCUCGCCUCCCUUCGCUCUAUGCUGAAGGUGCCCAGCACGCAUAUGACGAUGCGGACGCGGUGGCGAAGUUUGCGCAGAUCGCGGACCUGUACUGGAGGGACGAAGGGAAGGGAUGGGCUCUGGUUGGUCAUCGACGCGGGUUCUGGCAGCACUCUAAGGAACCCGCCCUACAGCACGAGCACGUGUGGUCGCGCGUGGGUCAGUUGCUCAAGGCGAAAGUGUUGCUGCCCAAGACUGCAUUGCGACCUGCUCGGAUACCUCUCAAGGAGGCUCCCCGUCCUCGGUGCUUCAACUUCUUUGGGCUCUCCCGACCUUUUACGAUUCGCAAGCUUCGUCGGCUUGUGAACAAGGUGCGGUUCCCAGGGAGGGAGGACCGUGUCAAGCGUUUCCCUGAUGGGACUUCUCAGAGCGAUAGGAAGCGCUUCUGGAGAUGGCUUCAUGACCGGUUCGCGUCUGCUGUCGAGCAGGACACCCACUGGCGGCUCAUGUACGACGUGACACCGACGCGCAAGAGGCAGCAUACUCAGGGUCAUGCCUCUUCGCCGACGUGUCUGUUCUGUGGCAACGAUGCAGCGGUCAUCGAGACGGUGUCCCACUACUUUUUCGAGUGCGCGUACUCGACCAGCUUCUGGGGUGGGGUGCUACGCAUUCUGCUUGACAAGCUCGGCAUCGAGGAUACCGACGUCGAUCCGUCGAUGUUCACUCCGGAGCAGCUGACUAUGGGGCUCCCCCUUUUGCGGGGUCGUGGGAGAACGACCUCGAAAUGGAUGUGGGUUCGGCUGGCCUGCGUGAUCGGCUUCCAGCGGCUGCACCUGCUCCGCUGGCGCGUUCAUCAGCGGUUCGAGCUGGACAACGUCGUGGCCCCUCCCUCGCUUCCCAGUGCGCUCAGAGCGUUCGAGCGAGAUUUUCUCUCUCGAGCGGGUUUUGUGCCUGGGGUUCGAGAUUGGGAGGUGUGA